GUGGAAAAUCUGUAUUUAUUAUUCUUCUAUUUCGAUCUUCAAGUCAUUGAAGAUAUGUUAACAGGAGCGAUUGAGAAAUUUUCGAUUCAUAAUCGAGAUCCAUGCUUCAAGCUAUGAAUUACCCUUGUUGAAUGUUACGCUGUGUGUAUUGAAAUCAAUUUGCAGGUUAGGGUUUCUGGGUGCUUCGAUUAGAGUGAUUAUUCUGGUGGGUCGAUGGCAACACAUGGGAUAAAAUCAGGUGCAUUGGUUACUUUGCCGGAGCUUCAGCCAUCUUCACCGUUCUUCGAGGAAGGGGCUUCGCUUCGAGUUACUGGGAAGCUCCAAGAGUAUUCUGCAGAGACAGCCAUAGCCAUAGUUGCGGAAGAUGGUGCUGUCCUAAAGAUCAACACUGAACACUUGAGGGACAUUACCUUUCGAGUGGGCUCUAUUUACCAGUUCAUUGGUGAACUCCUCAUUCUGCCUGAUAAUGAGGCUAUCUUGCACGCACGUGUGGGCAGGAAUGUUGACGGCAUUGACUUGAAUCUGUAUCAUCAGUCUCUGCAACUACUGAGACAGUUUCAAGCUGACCACAUGAAUAAUUCAAGUUAAUGCAGAACCAAAGCUUCACAUAAGUGGAGUAUUUAAGCAGAGAUGAGAGAAGGUACCUAAAUAAAUUCACUAGCACUUAUAUAAAUGUGCAUCUCCCCUUCUCUGAAGUGCUUUUACAAAUUAGCUCACUGAAAUCACUUUUUUAGCUGAUAAGAAAUGGAACAUCGGUUAAAUUUUCUGCACUAUGAGCAUUGUAGUUUUCUUGCCAUAAACUUGAUACCAUGGACUCUGAAACUAGACUAGGUAGUUCUUAGACUUGGGUUUGGGCUUUAAUACGGUGGGAAAUAUGACAUCAUUGGGUAUCUAUGUAGAACUUGGUCAUGUUGACUUGUCCCUCUCUCUUUGGACACAUUUCCUGGACUAGUGGAAUCAAAGAUCUUCAUCUGAACAAGUAAAUUUAAGAUACUUGUGGGGUUCACUCUAAAUUCUAAUCCGUCCAACUUAAAGUGUUAGAAAUACAAAAUAUCCCACGUCGGAUAGGUGAGAGUCAACCUUGUCGUUUUUAAGUUUGAGUCCAACUCCUCUCAAACGUAGAUGGCCUUUUUAAGAACAAAAUUGUAUGAGUCUUUUGAGGCCCAAAGCGGAGAAAA